AUGAGUCGGUUUACUACCUCUGACGACGAACAACUCAUUGAGUUGGUUCAGGGUCAUCCUAUAAUAUGGAAUAUAAUGGAGAAGGAUUAUAAGAAUGUUGUGAAGAAAGAGUUUAUAUGGAGUGAUAUUGGCAAGACAAUGAACAAAAUUGGGACUGAGUGUAAAGCCAGAUGGAAGAAUAUGAGGGAUUAUUUUAGAAAACAAAAGAAGGAAGAGAGAAAUCAAACAACAGGGUCUGCAGCAACAAAAAGGAAAGCGGGAUACUGGGAAAGACUGCGUUUUUUAGAUGUGGUGCCAGAGGAAAGAUGUAGUUUAACAAAUAUUGAAUCAUCGGUCUCUGAAGAAUCAUUUGGUGAUCAAUUAGAUUAUGUUGACGAUCUCUUAGAUUUAACAGCGUCGAAUGUGCAAGGAGAUAUUUCGGAAUGUGAGACGAGUUCAAAUACAGGGAAUCGUGGGGAUGAAACAAAAACAGAAAAGCCAAAACAAAACAAAAGAAAAAAAGUAAUGCAAGAUUCAAGCAUCCUAGGGAUCUUAAAUUCAAGACAGUCUGCCAGAGAAGAGCACCGCAGGAAAGUUGAACUCCUUUUGGAGAAGAGAGAAGAGGACGAAAUGGAUUUGUUUUUCAAAACCAUGGCCGCCACUACUAGGAAUUUUAGUAAAGAUUUAAAACGGCAAGCAAAAAUAAAAGUGUUUAACAUUAUUACUGAGUUAGAAGGACUACAACAGGGAGGAUUUUCUACUUUUAAUUACGACAGUUCGGUGCCAUCAACAUCACGGACAGCGGACAGCGGAGAGCGGACUCCGUUCUCCGCUGUCCGCUCUCCGUUGUCCGCUCUCCGCCGGCCGACUCCGCUGCUAGGAAAACCCAGCUUUAUUGCAUUGCCUCAAGUGCUGGAUGGAAAAAAUCCUGCAGCAUAG